AGAAGAAGAAGAAAUCGGUUUCAUAACAAAACGUCACAUCCGCUGACCGCAGCUAAAGCAUCAGGACUUUUGCAUCAAUGUUGAAGUUGAUCUCAACAUCCCUGAGCCUCCGGUGCCUACGUGUCGCCGCUCUACCUCUAAACCUCAGGAUAUGCUCGACGCUGAGUUCAACAGAGAACCAGCAGACCGUGCAGGAACUCUAUGAUCUCUCCGUGGACGUUCAGAAGGUCAGGCAACUUAAGGGCUGGGUCCUGCACAGGAACCCAGCCUAUACCAGGGAGGUGUCCAAUCUGCUGAAGGACAUGGGGGCCUCAGGGUUCAUAAUCUCUCGGAUUUUAGCAGAUCAUCCUGAGGCUGUCCUCUGUCACCCGGAGCAGAUGCAGGCUCAGAGAGAGCUGUGGAUGAUUGUGUGCCCUAACCAGAAAGAGCUGGUUGGGAUCAUUGAGAAAUUCCCGGCCUCUUUCUUCACCUGCUCCAGCCACCACGACAGCCAGCGUCAGAACAUCGCUUACUUCCAGAGUUUAAACCUCAACAAGCGGAUCAUCACCAAACUCAUGGCCAGUGCCCCCCAGAGCUUCAGCCGGCCGGUGGAGCAGAACGAGGUGAUGGUGCGCGGCCUCCAGGAGGCCUACCUGGAGCUGGGAGGAGAGGAGGCCAACAUGAAGGUCUGGCUUCAGAAGCUGCUGAGCCAGAACCCGUUUGUUCUCCUCAAGUCCCCGGAGGUGCUGAGGCAGAACUUGCUGUUUCUCAGGGACAAAGGCUUCAGCGCUGCAGAGCUCCUCCACCUCAUGUCCAAACUCAAGGGCUUUGUCAUCGAGCUGAACCCGGACAGCAUGCGCCGCAGCCUCGCGUACUCCAAGGAAACCGUGGGCUGCUCCGAGGCAGAGCUGCGGAACAUUGUCCUCAACUGCCCCGCUCUGCUGUACUACCCUGAGGAUAUUCUGGCAGAGCGCUUCCAGCUGCUCCUUCGUGCUGGGAUCAGCAUGUCUCAAAUCAUGGGCACUCCAACUGUGCUGGAGCUGACAACACAAAUAGUGAAUUACCGCAUCCAGCGACUGAGGGAGCGGGGCUAUGAUGUCGGGGCCGGUAGUCUGGAGGUACUAAAUGGCACGAAGAAGAACUUCGAGAUGAGCUAUGGAAAACUACAGCUACGCACAGAGAGACCAAUUUUUAACCCUGUUGCCCCUUUACGAGUAGACGACUGACUGGUUGUACAGAACUGAUGUAAGGGAAUUAAAGCUGAAACUGGAUUUUUACUGUUCUUAUAAUUUAUUCUGUGUCAGUAUUAAAGUGUCUCAGUCUAAAGGUGCAACCACUUCUAGUAUUUAUUCUAGAAUCACAAUUGACGUAUUUGUCCUCACAGUUUGAUUAGGAAAAAUUACGAUGAUGCCUUUUGGACUUAAAAGAUGCCCGAGAAGUUAUUAAAAUGAAUCGACCACUGUAAACAAUCUCAAAAUGCAAGAAUUUAUUGUGUAAAGACUCAAAUUCAGUUUGUUUUUUUCACCAUGUGCUCAAAUCUGUACAGCAGAGAGAAUUUGUUUCCUGCUGCCAAAAGUUCCCGACCUUGGGGGAUGAAAAGUGGAAAACAA